GAACUGCUCUAUGAACGCAUCAUUUUUUGUUUGUCUUUUUUUUCGGUAUUAUAAAACGACGUUCUUUACACGACUACGUUACAAACGUAAUGAUAUGUAUAUGAUGCAUGACGAAAGUGAAUCGCGAAGAAGUAUUUCGUCGUUUGCUACCACGUGUCCGGAAUUGUGUACACCUAUGUAAGUCGAAUCACCUAAAAAUAUCCACGGGCCGGUGGAACAGUGUGUCGGCAGUGUGUAAGGAAUCUGUGACAAUGGAUUUUUUGCAAUAUCGAAAAGUCCUGGUUUACGUUUUAACUUUCCUAGCAUAUGCUUGGUCCGGUUAUGGUACGGGUUUGCUAGCCAACCUGAGAGAUGCCGUUUUGUCCGCGGAAUCGAUUUUCGGGGACUUAUUUCACAAUGCGAUCACCGUUGCGAAAAAGAUUAAGGACAUACAUGAAGUGUUCGACGCUGCAGUGGAAGAAAAUUGCAUUUUCCAGUGUCCAGGAGGUAUCGCGCCGAAACCAGACUGGAAUCACAAACCGCAGAGCAAUGGAUGCGGUUCUCUGGGCAUAGAGAUAAAUCAAGAGUACCUACCGCUCGCGGAAAUGACGAAGUGUUGCGAUGCGCACGACAUUUGCUACGACACCUGCAACAUGGACAAGGAGAAGUGUGAUCUGGAAUUCAAAAGAUGCCUGUACAAAUACUGCGAAGGGUAUCAAACGGCGACAGUGAUAAACACGUGCAAGGCGGCUGCAAAAAUGCUGUUCACGGGGACGACAACCUUAGGGUGUAAGAGUUACAUGGACGCGCAAAAGGAGGCUUGCUAUUGCGGCGACAAAUGGAGCAAGAACAAGAAACCUAAGAAGGCCGCCCACGCCGGUGGAGAAUUAUAAAAUUAUAGAAUCUCGACGCGAAUCUCAUAGGGACGAAACAAACGCGGUGGAAUUCUCUAUUUCGUUGUUCCUCUGUUAACGCACGUUAACCGCCACGGUGGUCACUGGUGACCGGAACUUUCUAAAUGACUCGAAAAGAAUUGUAAUUCAUAAGAAAACUAACGUCAAAUAAAAAUAUUCAAUGACGUAAAUAACUAGUUAGUAUUGUAACGUAAGAAUUGUGGUAGUAAAUAAUUAAUAAUUAUUUCCGUUUAUCUUUGUUACGGAGGUGUAAGUGAUACGUAGAACGUUGAUGUUUUUUUCGUGGCAGUGAACGUGUCAACCAAAUGUUAAAUCGCGAUGUCGAUAGCGUGUUAAGUACCUUUUAUACAAUAUGAAUAAAGGAUGUAAUUUCAAGUGC